AUCCGUUUUUACUUUUGUGUACUUGUUCCUGUUUGCACGACAGACAGCUCAGUGAAUUUGCUUACCAUAGCAGAUUCUUUUUAAAGAUUCUUUGUGAUACUUUUUUACAGUAUGUGUUUGCUUUUGGCGAGAAAGGAUGGGUGUACCCUCAUCUAGUUCAUUUUCCUCUGAGAAUAUCAACCUUCGCAACAUCACACCUGAAAACAUUGAUCAAGUGCGAUCGCUUCACCUCGCUUUGUUUCCCGUGCAUUACAAUGACAAAUUCUUUGAUCAUCUACUUCAAGUGGGCGAAUUUGCUAAAUUAGCCUAUUGGGGUGACACUUGUGUCGGAUUAGUCUGUUGUCGCUUGGAGAAUGACGGAUUGGACCGCUCUAAAUUGUACAUGAUGACUUUGGGCGUUUUACAUCCUUAUCGACACCGAGGCAUAGCGCAUCGGUUGGUGGAUCAUAUUUUAUAUCAAGCUAGUCUCUGCGACUAUAUUUCAUCCAUUUAUCUCCAUGUGCAGACCGUCAAUGAGGCCGCUCUCUCAUUCUAUCGCCGCAAUGGAUUCGAAGUGAUCGGCUAUGUAGAAAACUAUUACAAGAAUAUACCCGACAAGCACGCCUACAUUGUAUCAAGGCCAAACCGUCCUCGUACCUGACUCUUGGAAACCAUUGAUCGGUUCCACCUAUGUUCCCAUUUUUGGGGCCGAGCGUGAUCCAUCUGUCCCGCCCAUCAUAUCCCAACCCCCAAACCCCUGAUACUCAUACGGAAGGAA